UGAUAAUAGUUAAAUAGUAUAAUCUAUAUUAUCUUAACAUUCAGCUUUCAGCGUUAAAAAAUAGAAAAAUUAAAAAAUCGGCAUUACCUUGAUCUUUACAUCGUACCUAUACCACGCUCAAAGAUUUAGUGUUUAGACGAAAUUUGGAUACAAAAUUGUAUUUGUAAGCUAACAGUGAAUCAGUGAAACCGUAAUCGCAGUGUAGUGAGGCUGUGUUCAUCAUAUAAAAAUUGUUUUUUAGAUUUCCGUCCCACAUAAAAUCUGAAAAUGCAGCGUGAAGACAAACAACUGGAACUGGUACUUGAAAAUUUCCAGAGUAAGUUGAAUGAGUUCAAAGCUCAGAUAUAUGCUCUUAUAUUCAAGUUAGAGCAUGAACGAGACAAUGUCAAUUGGACGACAGUCCUUGAUACAUUUGCAGUAUUCUCAACGCAAUACACUGCCAUUAUGAAGUAUCUCUCUUACGAGAAACUUCCACAGUUGCGUAAUUAUAGUGUACUGCCAUUGAUGUUAAACCCUGAGCGUGAUGAGGAUCUUGCACGGAUCACUGAGAACCGAGUACCAGCCUUAUCCCACGACAUUGUACCUGAUUUCUUGCGCACCAAGACUGAACCUGAAGUUGAACACAAACUGAUGCAGGUCGAGCACAAGGCAGGCGGCUUACAAUUUGAAACAGCACAAAAACAGCUGGCAGCAUUCAACAAGGUAGUUAAUCAUGUACUGGACUUAGUGUCUAAAGCCAGAGAAGAAUGGGAAGUAGAAACUGGAGCUCGUGUUGGUAUCGGACAAACUUCAUCAGUUGCAGACUUGCAUACACUUGUAUCGGCUGUUAGCAUGGGUAAAAAUUUGAAACCAAUGGUACCACAAGUAUCUCCUGGUGGUAUGAUGGUACCUCCAACUGGUAGACCAGUUACUCCUAGCAUGGGGCCAAAUACACCACCAAUGGGUAUGAUGCCCAAACCACCUCCUGGAAUGAAGACCAAUGUAAAGGCUGCUGGAGCACCUCAUCCAUAUAGAUAGUCAUUUAUUUUAUAUCUAUGUUAAUAAUCGAUACAUAUUUUAAAUAAAUUGUAUUGAAAAUUGUUAUGAAU